AUGGUUUUAGAAAAUGGGCCUAGAUGUAACUCUUCUGGUUCUGUAAAGAAAGAUAAUAAAAAAGGUCAAAAAGAUAGUAGUGUUUACGUACAAGAAUGGCUCAGCAAAAUUGAAAAUCCACUUGAAAAUUUAAGCAAAAUUAAUAUUUUGUCAAAUUCCAUGACUUCUGAACCAAAAGAUGAUGAUCAAGACAUACAUAAAAAUUAUGGUAUUUUGCCAAAUGUGACUUCUGAUCCAAAUAUCGACGAUCUUUCUGAACCAAAAGAUGAUGAUCAAGAAAUACCUAAAGAUUAUAGUAUUCUGCCAAAUGCGAUUUCUGAACCAAAUAUCGACGAUCUUUCUGAACCAAAAGAUGUUGAUCAAAAAAUACAUAAAGAUUAUAAUGUUGAUCAAGAAAUACAUAAAGAUUAUAGUAUUUUGCCAAAUGCGAUUUCUGAACCACAUAUCGACGAUCUUUCUGAACCAAAAGAUGUUGAUCAAGAAAUACAUAAAGAUUAUAGUAUUUCGACAAAUGCGACUUCUGAACCAAAUAUCGAUGAUCUUUCUGAACCAAAAGAUGUUGAUCGAGAAAUACAUAAAGAUUAUAAUGUUGAUCAAGAAAUACAUAAAGAUUAUAGUAUUUUGCCAAAUGCGAUUUCUGAACCAAAUAUCGACGAUCUUUCCGAACCAAAAGAUGUUGAUCAAGAAAUACAUAAAGAUUAUAGUUUUUUGCUAAAUGCGAUUUCUGAACCAAAUAUCGACGAUCUUUCUGAACCAAAAGAUGUUGAUCAAGAAAUACAUAAAGAUUAUAAUUAUAGUAUUUUGCCAAAUGCGACUUCUGAACCAAAUACCAAUGAUCUUUCUGAACCAAAAGAUGGUGAUCAAGAAAUACAUAAAGAUUAUAGUAUUUUCCUAAAUGCGAUUUCUGAACCAAAUAUCGACGAUCUUUCUGAACCAAAAGAUGUUGAUCAAGAAAUACAUAAAGAUUAUAGUAUUUUGCUAAAUGCGAUUUUUGAACCAAAUAUCGAUGAUCUUUCUGAACCAAAAGGCGAUGGUCAAAAAAUACAUAAAGAUUAUAGUAUUUUGCGAAAUGCAAGUUCUGAACCAAAUAUCGAUGAUCUUUCUGAACCAAAAGAUGGUGAUCAAGAAAUACAUAAAGAUUAUAGUAUUUUGCCAAAUGUGAUUUCUGAACCAAAUAUCGACGAUCUUUCUGAACCAAAAGAUGUUGAUCAAGAAAUACAUAAAGAUUAUAGUAUUUUGCCAAAUGCGACUUCUGAACCAAAUAUCGAUGAUCUUUCUGAACCAAAAGAUGUUGAUCAAGAAAUACAUAAACAUUAUAGUAUUUCGCUAAAUGCGAUUUCUGAACCAAAUAUCGAUGAUCUUUCUGAACCAAAAGGCGAUGGUCAAAAAAUACAUAAAGAUUAUUGUAUUUUGCCAAAUGCGAGUUCUGAAUCAAAUAUCGAUGAUCUUUCUGAACCAAAAGAUGUUGAUCAAGAAAUACCUAAAGAUUAUAGUAUUUUGCUAAAUGCGAUUUCUGAACCAAAUAUCGACGAUCUUUCUGAACCAAAAGAUGUUGAUCAAGAAAUACAUAAAGAUUAUAGUAUUUUGCCAAAUGUGAUUUCUGAACCAAAUAUCGACGAUCUUUCUGAACCAAAAGAUGUUGAUCAAGAAAUACAUAAAGAUUAUAGUAUUUUGCCAAAUGCGACUUCUGAACCAAAUACCGAUUAUCUUUCUGAACCAAAAGAUGGUGAUCAAGAAAUACAUAAAGAUUAUAGUAUUUUCCUAAAUGCGAUUUCUGAACCAAAUAUCGACGAUCUUUCUGAACCAAAAGAUGUUGAUCAAGAAAUACAUAAAGAUUAUAGUAUUUUGCUAAAUGCGAUUUUUGAACCAAAUAUCGAUGAUCUUUCUGAACCAAAAGAUGUUGAUCAAGAAAUACCUAAAGAUUAUAGUAUUUUGCCAAAUGCGAUUUCUGAACCACAUAUCGACGAUCUUUCUGAACCAAAAGAUGUUGAUCAAGAAAUACAUAAAGAUUAUAGUAUUUUGCUAAAUGCGAUUUUUGAACCAAAUAUCGAUGAUCUUUCUGAACCAAAAGAUGUUGAUCAAGAAAUACCUAAAGAUUAUAGUAUUUUGCCAAAUGCGAUUUCUGAACCACAUAUCGACGAUCUUUCUGAACCAAAAGAUGUUGAUCAAGAAAUACAUAAAGAUUAUAGUAUUUCGACAAAUGCGACUUCUGAACCAAAUAUCGAUGAUCUUUCUGAACCAAAAGAUGUUGAUCGAGAAAUACAUAAAGAUUAUAAUGUUGAUCAAGAAAUACAUAAAGAUUAUAGUAUUUUGCCAAAUGCGAUUUCUGAACCAAAUAUCGACGAUCUUUCCGAACCAAAAGAUGUUGAUCAAGAAAUACAUAAAGAUUAUAGUAUUUUGACAAAUGCGAUUUCUGAACCAAAUAUCGAUGAUCUUUCUGAACCAAAAGAUGGUGAUCAAGAAAUACAUAAAGAUUAUAGUAUUUUGCCAAAUGCGAUUUCUGAACCAAAUAUCGACGAUCUUUCUGAACCAAUAGGUGUUGAUCAGGAAAUACAUAAAGCUUAUAGUAUUUUGCCAAAUGCGACUUCUGAACAAAAUAUCGAUGAUCUUUAUGAACCAAAAGAUGUUGAUCAAGAAAUACAUAAAGAUUAUAGUAUUUUGCUAAAUGCGAGUUCUGAACCAAAUAUCGAUGAUCUUUCUGAACCAAAAGAUGUUGAUCAAGAAAUACCUAAAGAUUAUAGUAUUUUGCCAAAUGCGACUUCUGAACCAAAUAUCGAUGAUCUUUCUGAACCAAAAGAUGUUGAUCAAGAAAUACAUAAAGAUUAUAGUAUUUCGCUAAAUGCGAUUUCUGAACCAAAUAUCGAUGAUCUUUCUGAACCAAAAGGCGAUGGUCAAAAAAUACAUAAAGAUUAUAGUAUUUUGCCAAAUGCGACUUCUGAACCAAAUAUCGAUGAUCUUUCUGAACCAAAAGAUGUUGAUCAAGAAAUACAUAAAGAUUAUAGUAUUUUGCCAAAUGCGACUUCUGAACCAAAUAUCGAUAAUCUUUCUGAACCAAAAGAUGUUGAUCAAGAAAUACAUAAAGAUUAUAGUAUUUCGCUAAAUGCGAUUUCUGAACCAAAUAUCGAUGAUCUUUCUGAACCAAAAGGCGAUGGUCAAAAAAUACAUAAAGAUUAUAGUAUUUUGCCAAAUGCGAGUUCUGAACCAAAUAUCGAUGAUCUUUCUGAACCAAAAGAUGUUGAUCAAGAAAUACCUAAAGAUUAUAGUAUUUUGCCAAAUCCGAUUUCUGAACCAAAUAUCGACGAUCUUUCUGAACCAAUAGGUGUUGAUCAGGAAAUACAUAAAGCUUAUAGUAUUUUGCCAAAUGCGACUUCUGAACAAAAUAUCGAUGAUCUUUCUGAACCAAAAGAUGUUGAUCAAGAAAUACAUAAAGAUUAUAGUAUUUUGCUAAAUGCGAGUUCUGAACCAAAUAUCGAUGAUCUUUCUGAACCAAAAGAUGUUGAUCAAGAAAUACCUAAAGAUUAUAGUAUUUUGCCAAAUCCGAUUUCUGAACCAAAUAUCGACAAUCUUUCUGAACCAAUAGGUGUUGAUCAGGAAAUACAUAAAGAUUAUAAAAUACAUAAAAAUUAUAGUAUUUUGCUAAAUGCCAUUUCUGAACCAAAGUUCGAUGAUCCUUCUGAACCAAAAGGCGAUGAUCAAAAAAUACAUAAAGAUUAUAGUAUUUUGCCAAAUGCGACUUCUGAACCAAAUAUCGAUGAUCUUUCUGAACCAAAAGAUGUUGAUAAAGAAAUACAUAAAGAUUAUAGUAUUUCGCUAAAUGCGAUUUCUGAACCAAAUAUCGAUGAUCUUUCUGAACCAAAAGAUGUUGAUCAAGAAAUACAUAAAGAUUAUAGUAUUUCGCUAAAUGCGGUUUCUGAACCAAAUAUCGAUGAUCUUUCUGAACCAAAAGGCGAUGGUCAAAAAAUACAUAAAGAUUAUAGUAUUUUGCCAAAUGCGACUUCUGAACCAAAUAUCGAUGAUCUUUCUGAACCAAAAGAUGUUGAUCAAGAAAUAGAUAAAGAUUAUAGUAUUUUGCCAAAUGCGACUUCUGAACAAAAUAUCGAUGAUCUUUCUGAACCAAAAGAUGUUGAUCAAGAAAUACAUAAAGAUUAUAGUAUUUUGCUAAAUGCGAGUUCUGAACCAAAUAUCGAUGAUCUUUCUGAACCAAAAGAUGUUGAUCAAGAAAUACCUAAAGAUUAUAGUAUUUUGCCAAAUCCGAUUUCUGAAGCAAAUAUCGACGAUCUUUCUGAACCAAUAGGUGUUGAUCAGGAAAUACAUAAAGAUUAUAGUAUUUUGCCAAAUGCGACUUCUGAACAAAAUAUCGAUGAUCUUUCUGAACCAAAAGAUGUUGAUCAAGAAAUACAUAAAAAUUAUAGUAUUUUGCUAAAUGCGAUUUCUGAACCAAAGUUCGAUGAUCUUUCUGAACCAAAAGGCGAUGAUCAAAAAAUACAUAAAGAUUAUAGUAUUUUGCCAAAUGCGACUUCUGAACCAAAUAUCGAUGAUCUUUCUGAACCAAAAGAUGUUGAUAAAGAAAUACCUAAAGAUUAUAGUAUUUUGCCAAAUGCGACUUCUGAACCAAAUAUCGAUGAUCUUUCUGAAUCAAAAGAUGUUGAUCAAGAAAUACAUAAAGAUUAUAGUAUUUCGCUAAAUGCGAUUUCUGAACCAAAUAUCGAUGAUCUUUCUGAACCAAAAGGCGAUGGUCAAAAAAUACAUAAAGAUUAUAGUAUUUUGCCAAAUGCGACUUCUGAACCAAAUAUCGAUGAUCUUUCUGAACCAAAAGAUGUUGAUCAAGAAAUACAUAAAGAUUAUAGUAUUUUGCCAAAUGCGACUUCUGAACAAAAUAUCGAUGAUCUUUCUGAACCAAAAGAUGUUGAUCAAGAAAUACAUAAAGAUUAUAGUAUUUUGCCAAAUGCGACUUCUGAACCAAAUAUCGAUGAUCUUUCUGAACCAAAAGAUGUUGAUCAAGAAAUACAUAAAGAUUAUAGUAUUUCGCUAAAUGCGAUUUCUGAACCAAAUAUCGAUGAUCUUUCUGAACCAAAAGGCGAUGGUCAAAAAAUACAUAAAGAUUAUAGUAUUUUGCCAAAUGCGAGUUCUGAACCAAAUAUCAAUGAUCUUUCUGAACCAAAAGAUGUUGAUCAAGAAAUACCUAAAGAUUAUAGUAUUUUGCCAAAUCCGAUUUCUGAACCAAAUAUCGACGAUCUUUCUGAACCAAUAGGUGUUUAUCAGGAAAUACAUAAAGCUUAUAGUAUUUUGCCAAAUGCGACUUCUGAACAAAAUAUCGAUGAUCUUUCUGAACCAAAAGAUGUUGAUCAAGAGAUACAUAAAGAUCAUAGUAUUUUGCUAAAUGCGAGUUCUGAACCAAAUAUCGAUGAUCUUUCUGAACCAAAAGAUGUUGAUCAAGAAAUACCUAAAGAUUAUAGUAUUUUGCCAAAUCCGAUUUCUGAACCAAAUAUCGACGAUCUUUCUGAACCAAUAGGUGUUGAUCAGGAAAUACAUAAAGAUUAUAGUAUUUUGCCAAAUGCGACUUCUGAACAAAAUAUCGAUGAUCAUUCUGAACCAAAAGAUGUUGAUCAAGAAAUACAUAAAAAUUAUAGUAUUUUGCUAAAUGAGAUUUCUGAACCAAAGUUCGAUGAUCUUUCUGAACCAAAAGGCGAUGAUCAAAAAAUACAUAAAGAUUAUAGUAUUUUGCCAAAUGCGACUUCUGAACCAAAUAUCGAUGAUCUUUCUGAACCAAAAGAUGUUGAUAAAGAAAUACAUAAAGAUUAUAGUAUUUUGCUAAAUGCGAUUUCUGAACCAAAUAUCGAUGAUCUUUCUGAACCAAAAGGCGAUGGUCAAAAAAUACAUAAAGAUUAUAGUAUUUUGCCAAAUGCGAGUUCUGAACCAAAUAUCGACGAUCUUUCUGAACCAAAAGAUGUUGAUCAAGAAAUACCUAAAGAUUAUAGUGUUUUGCCAAAUGCGAUUUCUGAACCAAAUAUCGACGAUCUUUCUGAACCAAAAGAUGUUGAUCAAGAAAUACCUAAAGAUUAUAGUAUUUUGCCAAAUGCGAUUUCUGAACCAAAUAUCGACGAUCUUUCUGAACCUAAAGAUGUUGAUCAAGAAAUACAUAAAGAUUAUAGUAUUUUGCCAAAUGCGACUUCUGAACCAAAUAUCGAUGAUCUUUCUGAACCAAAAGAUGUUGAUCAAGAAAUACAUAAAGAUUAUAGUAGUUUGCCAAAUGCGAUUUCUGAACCAAAUAUCGAUGAUCUUUCUGAACCAAUAGAUGGUGAUCAAGAAAUACAUAAAGAUUAUAGUAUUUUGCCAAAUGUGAUUUCUAAACCAAAUAUCGAUGAUCUUUCUAAACCAAAAGAUGGUGAUCAAGAAAUACAUAAAGAUUAUAGUAUUUUGCCAAAUGCGAUUUCUGAACCAAAUAUCGACGAUCUUUCUGAACCAAAAGAUGUUGAUCAAGAAAUACAUAAAGAUUAUAGUAUAUUGCCAAAUGCAACUUGUGAACCAAAUAUCGAUGAUCUUUCUGAACCAAAAGAUGUUGAUCAAGAAAUACAUAAAGAUUAUAGUAUUUUGCCAGAUGCGAUUUCUGAACCAAAUAUCGAUGAUCUUUCUGAACCAAAAGAUAAUGAUGAUCAAGAAAUACCUAAAGAUUAUAGUAUUCUGCCAAAUGCGAUUUCUGAACCAAAUAUUGACGAUCUUUCUGAACCAAAAGAUGUUGAUCAAGAAAUACAUAAAGAUUAUAGUAUUUUGCCAAAUGCAACUUCUGAACCAAAUAUCGAUGAUCUUUCUGAACCAAAAGAUGUUGAUCAAGAAAUACUUAAAGAUUAUAGUAUUUUGCCAAAUGCGAUUUCUGAACCAAAUAUCGACGAUCUUUCUGAACCAAAAGAUGUUGAUCAAGAUAUACAUAAAGAUUAUAGUAUUUUGCGAAAUGCGACUUCUGAACCAAAUAUCGAUGAUCUUUCUGAACCAAAAGAUGUUGAUCAAGAAAUACAUAAAGAUUAUAGUAUUUUGCCAAAUGUGAUUUCUGAACCAAAUAUCGACGAUCUUUCUGAACCAAAAGAUGUUGAUCAAGAAAUACAUAAAGAUUAUAGUAUUUUGCCAAAUGCGACUUCUGAACCAAAUAUCGAUGAUCUUUCUGAACCAAAAGAUGGUGAUCAAGAAAUACAUAAAGAUUAUAGUAUUUUGCUAAAUGCGAUUUCUGAACCAAAUAUCGACGAUCUUUCUGAACCAAAAGAUGUUGAUCACGAAAUACAUAAAGAUUAUAGUAUUUUGCUAAAUGCGAUUUUUGAACCAAAUAUCGAUGAUCUUUCUGAACCCAAAGGCGAUGGUCAAAAAAUACAUAAAGAUUAUAGUAUUUUGCCAAAUGUGAGUUCUGAACCAAAUAUCGAUGAUCUUUCUGAACCAAAAGAUGUUGAUCAAGAAAUACCUAAAGAUUAUAGUAUUUUGCCAAAUGCGAUUUCUGAACCAAAUAUCGAUGAUCUUUCUGAACCAAAAAAUGGUGGUCAAGAAAUACAUAAAGAAUAUAGUAUUUUGCCAAAUGCGAUUUCUGAACCAAAUAUCGAUGAUCUUUCUGAACCAAAAGAUGGUGAUCAAGAAAUACAUAAAGAUUAUAAUAUUUUGCCAAAUGCGAUUUCUGAACCAAAUAUCGAAGAUCUUUCUGAACCAAAAGAUGUUGAUCAAGAAAUACAUAAAGAUUAUAGUAUUUUGCCAAAUGCGAUUUCUGAACCAAAUAUCGAUGAUCUUUCUGAACCAAAAGAUGUUGAUCAAGAAAUACAUAAAGAUUAUAGUAUUUUGCCAAAUGCGACUUCUGAACCAAAUAUCGAUGAGCUUUCUGAACCAAAAGAUGUUGAUCAAGAAAUACAUAAAGAUUAUAGUAUUUUGCCAAAUGCGAUUUCUGAACCAAAUAUCGAUGAUCUUUCUGAACCAAAAGAUGGUGAUAAAGAAAUACAUAAAUAUUAUAGUAUUUUGCCAAAUGCGAUUUCUGAACCAAAUAUCGAUGAUCUUUCUGAACCAAAAGAUGGUGAUCAAGAAAUACAUAAAUAUUAUAGUAUUUUGCCAAAUGCGAUUUCUGAACCAAAUAUCGAUGAUCUUUCUGAACCAAAAGAUGUUGAUGAAGAAAUACAUAAAGAUUAUAGUAUUUUGCCAAAUGAGACUUCUGAACCAAAUAUCGAUGAUCUUUCUGAACCAAAAGAUGUUGAUCAAGAAAUACAUAAAGAUUAUAGUAUUUUGCCAAAUGCGAUUUCUGAACCAAAUAUCGAUGAUCUUUCUGAACCAAAAGAUGAUGUUGAUCAAGAAAUACAUAAAGAUUAUAGUAUUUUGCCAAAUGCGACUUUUGAACCAAAUAUCGAUGAUCUUUCUGAACCAAAAGAUGUUGAUCAAGAAAUACAUAAAGAUUAUAGUAUUUUGCCAAAUGCGAUUUGUGAACCAAAUAUCGAUGAUCUUUCUGAACCAAAAGAUGGUGAUCAAGAAAUAAAUAACGAUUAUAGUAUUUUGCUAAAUGCGAUUUCUGAACCAAAUAUCGAUGAUCUUUCUGAACCAAAAGGCGAUGAUCAAAAAAUACAUAAAGGUUAUAGUAUUUUGACAAAUGUGAUUUAA